AUGGCAACACUUCCCGAACUACCUACUUUCAAUCUCAGCCCGUCCACACUGCUGGAUAUUGCGACAGACUUGGUGAACCAAGUACGACAAGCUGCGAAUGACCUGGUUAACCAUGUUUCGCCGCAAGACGCAACAUUUGAGAAUACUCUUCUCCCGCUGGCAGAUAUUGACAACGAGGUCAAAGGAAAGGUUCAAUACCUAGCCCUUUUCCAAGCAGUUUCCCCUUCGUCUGAAAUGCGUAACGCAUCGUCAGCGGCUGUGAAUAUGGUAGAUAAAGCAUACCUGGGUAUUUUCCAAACACCGUCUCUUUUUGCCUUAGUGAACGCUGUUUACAAAAACUACGUCGAUACUAAAAGCGAAGACCAAAAACUUCUCAACAUGAUUCACUCCAUGUUUAUGGAAAAUGGGCUUGAUCUUGAAGGGGAUAAGCGGGACCGAUUCCUUUGGAUCUCAAAUCGUCUCAUUGAGCUUCGAGUUGAAUUUAUGGAGAAUCUUAGCUCUGACCCUGGCUAUGUGUGGAAAGACCACUAUGAGCUAAAAGGGAUAGCCACAGAAAGCCUGCAAGCACUACCUAAACAUUCCUCGACUAGCCAAAUUGGUAUCAAGCUUAAGAAGCCAGAUAUCACUAUGGUAUUGACUCGGUGUCAUAUCGCUGAGACACGAAAAGAGGUAUUUCUUCGGAGCCAAAAUAUCUUCCCAGAGAAUCUUGAAAUAUUUAACGAGGCAGUUAUCCUUCGGGAUGAAUUGGCCCGUUUGCUUGGAUUUUCAUCAUUUGCAGCGCAGAAAUCAAGGCAUAAGAUGAUUAAAUCCCCCCACGAUGUUGACCAAUUACUGGAUGAACUUUACAAUCACUUGCAGCCCCUUGCGCAGAAGGAGUUAGGAACGUUACAGCGCCUUAAAAAAGGAGAUGGAAAAGAUGGGGACCACUCUUCCUGUUCCCUUUAUCUCUGGGAUUUCGACUACUACCAUGAUCGUUUACUACGAGAAAAGUACGAUACCAAUCAUGAGCUGAUUGCGGAGUACUUCCCCACAGAGAUCACAAUUCGAGGAAUGCUGAAGGUCUUUGAAACAAUUUUUAGCCUGUCAAUCGCACCCGUUGAAGUCACUAAGGAGCAGAUUUGGCAUUCCGACGUUCGAGUCUUUAGUGUGAGAGAUGAACAAUCGGCUUUUCUGGGAUUUCUUUACCUUGAUAUCUACCCUCGAGAGGGCAAGUACAACCAUGCAGCCAAUUUUAACAUCUAUCCUUCUUACUUCUCCGUCGAAAAACAGAAGCACCCGGUUGCCACCGCAUUGGUAUGCAAUGUCUCACAACCAUCGUUAGAGAAGCCGGCUCUUCUACAGCAUCGAGAAUUAAUUACGAUUUUCCAUGAGUUAGGUCACGGCAUACAUGAUCUCCUCGGAAGAUCCAAUUAUGCUAUGUUCCACGGACAUCGAACAGUUGCAGAUUUCGUUGAGGCUCCCAGCCAAUUGCUAGAAUAUUGGUGUUGGGUCCCUGAAUGUCUCCAGAUGCUUAGUUGCCACUAUUCCUACGUCUCUGACAAACAAUGGCCUUCUACUCUUGUGCAGCCUCCUAAGGAGAUCCCGGAAAAUCUGGUCCGCAGCCUCAUUGCAGCUAAAAAGGUCAAUCAAGGGAUUCUCACUCUCAGGCAACUUGCAUUCAGCAAAUUCGACAUGCAAAUCCACUGCCCUAGUUCCCACCAUCUUAUUCAGUCAAUCCAUACUGGCGAAAUUUAUAACUCGCUCCUGCAGAAAAUGACACUUCUACAGGGCCCUGAGAAUAGGAUAGACUGGGGGAAUGGACAUGUUACUACUUCACAUUAUAUGUGGGGCCAAGAAGCAAACUAUUAUUCCUAUCUCUAUAUCCUGGCUGUUAACUCAUCUUCUAGCACCCGUAUACUAGCGGCUGACCUUUGGUUUUCCAAUUUUCACUCAAAUCCAAUGAGCUGUGAUGCUGGCCUCCGAUACCGAAAAAUGAUACUAGCACCCGGAGGAAGUCAUAAUGAGAUGAUGGCCCUUGAGACAUUAUUGGGGAGGUCGCCUACACUUGACCCAUAUCUUCGAGAUAUCGGUGCUCAUGAAUGA